CUCUCUCUCCACCCCCCCCCCCGCCCGGUGGUGAUAAUGAGGGCGCCUGGCUAUGGACAAGUUUUCUUUUAACCUCGAGUGACAGCUACUAUUGGGGAUGAUGGGAAUCUUGAAUUUCAGCCCCUGUCCUAGAAGCGAGUUCGAAAGGAUUUUUGCUCGGGGCUAAGUAGGUAACCUCAAGAGUAAAACAAAUCCACCUAUAACACUGUGCUUUCUACAAUAACAUUGCCAGGCAAUCCUUUAUGUGCCUUAUUCUUUCUGUUGGAGGACAGCAAGAUGAAUCUUUUUAAAGCUUGUCCUGAUAUUAUCUAAAUUUAGAGGAAUGUGGGCUGCCAAAAGCAUCUAUCGAAUCCCAAGACAAUGGAUUUACUUCAAGCAGGCUGCACUGCAGAAUACUCUGUUCCUUAAAAUCCAGAAGCUUGAGAGUGAUGCUGAUCAUUUCUGCGUUUUCCAAGCUCUCCGUGUUUUCACCACAUGCAGUGUCUCCCGAGUUCAGAAUACAUGGUUGGUGAUGGAUAUGGCAACAGCUGUCAACGGAAAGGGAGACAAUACAGCUUUUGACAAAGCAUCGAAAGCACCACAUGGUGGAAGACAGCAUGAGUUAGAAGCAAAAAUGAAUCAUCUCAAUUUGUCAUUUGCAGCCUGUGGGUUUCUGGGGAUAUACCACUUGGGGGCAGCAUCUGCUCUUUGCAGACAUGGUAAGAAGUUAUUGAAGGUUGUGAAGGCCUUUGCAGGAGCUUCUUCGGGAUCUUUGAUUGCCACUGUUCUUUUAACGGUGCCAGAAAAUCUAGAGGAAUGUACAGAAAUUAUCUAUGAAUUUGCAGAAGAUACUAGGAAACUAUAUUUUGGAGCACUGACACCAGGCUAUGAUGUCAUGACAAAGCUGAGGGGCUGCAUUGAUUCGAUUCUCCCUCCCAAUGCUCACGAGAUAGCAGAAAAUCGCCUCUUUGUAUCAGUCACAAGUGCUAAAAAUGGAAAAAAUCAUUUGCUUUCAAAUUUUGCUUCCAGGGAGGAUCUUGUUAAGGCCCUCCUAGCCAGCAGUUUCAUUCCUUUGUAUGCAGGAAUCAAUGCAGUGGAUUAUAAAGGACAGAAAUGGCUUGACGGUGGCUUGACCAAUGGCCUCCCUAUCCUGCCAGUCGGCAGAACAGUGACUGUUUCUCCAUUUUGUGGUCGACUUGACAUCUGCCCACAAGAUAAAGGACUCAUGGAUGUCUACGCUAAAGUUGCAAAACAAGACUUAAUGUUGUCCACAGCCAACUUCGUAAGGCUCCGUCAGGCACUGUUUCCACCAAGCCAAGAGAAAAUGGAAUUGCUGUACCAAGAUGGAUAUGACGAUGCCAUACAAUUUUUACUGAAGGAAAACUGGUUUGAAUAGAUUUUCUGUGUCGAAAAUUAACGAAGUCUGAUGGCUGUCAGAGCAAAGCUACAAACAUUCUGCAGAGCCCAAGGGAUUGCUGUCACAAUUUCUGUUUAUCUAAAACGAAUACCAUAGGAGUUGCAUCUGUCGCUGUCAGACAAGUGUUUAUAGGUGUGCUGGAUGGAAUUUGUAAACGGGUUCAAAUGCAUUGAAAUUGUACUUCUAUAGUUAGAGGAUCUGCUUUUUUAGAGCAGGUUAAACUAAUAAAAUCCAAGGGUAAUUUUGUGUACUAUAUGAGUCUAGUACAGUAUGAAAUAAUAAUUCAAGAAAUGCUGAAAUAUGAUUUGCCGACAUUAAUCACAUUUAAGAUAUAGGUUCAGAUUGUGGCCUGAAAAUAUGCACUGUCUGCAGAGAGUUGCAUAGUCACGUUCUUUCGCAAGUAAUCCUAUUUGUUUGUGCCCAUUAAUUGACUUAUUCAUUUUGGUUUUUAAAUCUGUUCUCCCCCACCCACCCCAGUGUACUCUCAAGCAUGAACUCUAAUUACAAAGAGACUGUGGGAGACAAAACAGCUUAAUUGCAUAUCUUUUAAUUGUUAUGCAUAUGUGUUUUGCCAUUAGUACAUCUUGUUCUUCAAAUAAAUUGCAUAACUUUUUACAUUUUGA